AUUUUAUGGAGGCUCAACAAUACCGUGCUAAUGAAAAAGAUGAAGAUGAAUUAGUGAUGGAGGGGGAUAAAAUUGGAUUAAAAAUAAAAUUAGAAGAUGAUCCAAAUGCACCAAAAGAGGAUAAGUCUGCUUCUAAUUAUCAGACUAAAGUUACUGAUCCAACAGGCGCUAAUAGCGAGGAGGUGGGAGCUACUCCGCUUGUAGAGUCAUUCGAGAAAAUGAGCGUAAAGGAAGAAACUAAGCCGGAGAAAGGAGCGUCAAUGAAGAACUACUUGGCAGAGAAAUUCAAGCCUCGAGAUGAAGAUAAGGCACUCUCUGAGAUGAUUUCAGGCAAACUUUCGGGACGGAAGGAUAAAACCGAGGGUUCUGAACAGGUCGAACCAACAGAAGAAGUGGAAAAACCGGAGGGCGUGGCGACACAAAAAGGUUCAACCGACGAACAGAGGGACGCGGCUGGCGUUGCAGCGACAACGCAUGUUGAAGGUGCAGGAAAGAGUAUGAUAAAUAGGCUUAAAGGUGUUGCUAGUUCAUGGCUUCACAAAGCACCACCAGCACAGACUCCUACUAGUACCACACAUGGUUCUUAAUUAGUUAGUUAUAUAAAUGUUUCUUUAUAUGUUGGUUUGUCUUGUGUUUGUUUUGCUAGGUGUAUGGUUUGACCUAAAAUUAUAAUGAGUUGUGUAAAUAGACUAUGAAGGUUCAAUUUUGUUUCGAA